GUCAACCCAAGAAAUCCCAGAAACUCCAAUGCCCAGUGCCGACAUUGUAUGUUUAUGAGACAAAGGAAGGUUCAAUGUCAAAAGUCCAACGACCCAAUCUCUACAGUGUACAACUUGGAGUUUCCAAAGGCACUGAUAUUGGUGGCAAGCAUUGUCGAAAAAAAUUUAAUUCUAUAAGAGUUGCAUGGAUCACAAAAAAGGUCGCUGAUAAGCUUUUGAAAGUCUGGAAGGGUGAAUGGCACUGUUGGAAAAAGGUAGUGCAUUGGGUCGUACGGAAUUCAAAGCACAUCGACACAUACCUUGUUCCCAAUCUGGCUGAAAUUGGUGCUACUAGUGGGUUCCGUAUCAAAACUGUGACACGUGCUGAGUUUGCAGGUUUGAAAGGUGCUUCGUUUCAUCAUGGCACUAAGUUAUUCCUGUUGGGAUCGGAACCCAGGGACCUGUCACAUCAGAAAUGUGUCGGUAGACUUAUGAGUUGUUGGGGUUUCGACAAACGGUUGACUUGUGAGCAGAUCACUUACCCGGGUGCUUCAAUUAUGGUUGAUUGUAUGCAUCGUGGCAUACCACGACCAAGUGUUGGGCAUUUUGGCAUGAAUGCCUAUAACAACAAGAGAUUCAGCACAGCAUACGUUGCCACCCCACUGGAGGCAGUUGAAGACAAGGGUGACCUGCAAAUGCAUCGGGCUGAAUUUGCUGGGCAUGGAAUGAGGCCCCAGCUCAUUCGCAUGUGUCAUGCUCUUGAAACUGUGGCCUUGCAGUUUGCUCACAAAAUGAAUCCUGAGGGUAUGAAUCUCACAAAGCAUCUUUCAGGUCUCAACAUUGCCACGUGUGGGUUUCGGGAUUGUAAAACCGGUCAAGCCAAGGAAGGUCAGCCACCUCAAAAGAGACAAAAAAUCCACAACAAUCCACAGUCCUGGGAAACACGUGUGCCCUACUCACCUCGACAGCUGGUUUAUGGCUUUGCCAACACUGGUCAUAUUGAUACCAAGGAUCAACUCACAGAUGCUCAGCAAAGGGAGCUCCACAAAAAUGCGGUGGAUUCCCAGGUCAAGUUGCGGCAAUUUCCAGGGCUUCCCACCACGUGUGCCUGGCAAUUUGUGUUUCGAAACACAGGAGCAUCUCAGCAUCUGAAGAUACAUCAACAUUUUACUAUGCAUGGCUUGGGAGUCGCGAUGCCGAUCCAGCAUGGGCUUGGCCAUCAUUUCUACGGUGGCGUCUUUGAGCACAAUACCAGUCUUUGUUUGGUUGAACGCACAAAAGAUGGCUUGGUCUCUGUUUCUAAUCAUGAUGAUCAUUUUAUUCUCUUUGCUUGGGGCAACAGCAAAAAGAUCCCCAGAGCUGAGAUCCUAGCAUUGCUACAGGAAGCAGCUGAGCCUUUGGUCGCUUAUGGCCAGGCGGUGCCUGGCAAUAAUACUGCUGUACCUGCUGCAGCUCUGCCACCACCACCACCACCGCCGCCGCCGCCACCUCCUGCAUAA